GUCAGAACGACUGUCAGCGUCCGUGAGAAGUAACGAAAUUUUUUGGCACCGCAGCAACCCUUGGCCCUUUUCUGAACGGAGAAUCUUCUUAAAAUUGUAUUGUAUCGAGUGCCAUAGCUAUGGCCAGUGGCAGCGAAAGUUCGGACGAGUUUUUCGAUGCUGUGGAGGACGGUUCUGCCAAUGCCACUAUCUACAAAAGCCCGAUGGUAGAAUCCUCAUUCGGUAACACCGAUGAUAAUCAAGUAACCCAAGAUAACAAAUCGUCGUCAUCGCAGCAGGCUACAGUCAAGCCGGUACUGGUUUCCCAUCGUAAUCAGCGAUUUAGAGACUUACGCCAAAGCAUGCAAAACGAUGACGACGAAAAUGCGGGCAAUAUAUUGACCCCUGACUCACAGACCAGCUCUGCGGAAGGUGUAUACAUUCCAGCCAGUCGAUCAAACUACCCUUUCAGGGUGAUCGAAAGUGAUGUGGCCAGCAUACACAGCAUUUGUUCUCUGGGCAUUGUUGGCCGAAUCAUGGCGGGUGGAAGUAUUGAUAUCAGCGGUAUGUGGUUUGACACUAUACAGUUUCAGACACAAAUCUUUCAGCUUUUCUUUUACGCUCAUGUAGGACACAGUACGGGAAAGGAUUCAUCUACCAGUCGGGCUCUGCUCAAUAAACCGAUAAUUGCACCAGAGCCAAAAAUUAUUGAUAGAACCAAGGAUCCGGACGUGAUCAGCAGCACAAAGCAGACGAAGGUAGUGUCGAAAUCGAAUAUAUUUUCAUCGGGCACUACUAUGGAACCACCGGUGGCGCCACCGAGGCGAAAGAAAAAGCUGCGCAAACAGUCAAGCAGCUCAUCGGAUCAGUUCAACCUAAACGAGGGCCACCGACUACAAGCAGCGGAUAGCUCUUCAAGUGAGAAAUUAUCUUUGAAAAGACCCACGCAACCUCCACCGGCACCACCAACUCUUGAUAAAGCCCCUGGUCCAGUGGACGGCAGUAGUACUAUUAGUACAAGCACCGAUAGCACGGUCGCCAGCAGUAGUGCCAGCGGGUCUGAGGUAGCGAUCGGUGGCCCUGAGGCGCUACCCAUGGCUGGUAUAUGUUCCGCCGGAAACUCACCUGUCAUACCAGCGGUAGAUGGCUCCGAUAUGCAAACUUGGCCCGCCACGCUUGAGUCUAUUACGCGGGAGAUUGAAAAUUCAUUCAAAGAGUCUACGGCACCUACGGCAUCACCGGUUAUGAUUUCCAGCGGGAAUACGCCGGGCCUAGAUACGGCUGCAGCCGGAAGCGCAGCGACUUCGGGCAGUUCCAGUGGCAGCCGCCUGAAACUGGGACAACUAGCCUCCUCCUUCACUCACGGCACAGGAGUUGAAGGACAGUCUGGCCUAGUCACUGGAUCGAUGAAUCGUUUGACGCAUCUAGUCACGAGCGGUCGCGAAGCGACACACGGUGGCAUGGCAUCCGGAGGUCGCGAUUGGUCGGCAACUACAACGAUUAGUCCGUCUGGAAGUGUUAAGAGCAAUUCGGCACCGGCACGCGUAAGUUGGAUCGAAGGAGGUGUGAUCGGGUUGAACAUCUACAAAGCCACCAAGGGUCAGUUCGUGGUGAAACCAACAGAUGGGGCAUUCAAUAAGGCGGAAGGUCCAUCACGGGACGAGAUAGCACGCGUCGAACGGAUGCGGAAAGUCGGACAACCGUUGGAAGGAGCCGCUGUUGGAGCUAUGGGGGGUGGUAGUGGUAGCCGUCGUACCAACCUCUCAGCUACCGGUACCAAUAGCCUAGAAAGCGGCACACGAGGCAUCAGUCCCCUCGCCAAGCAAGUCUACCUAAAGGAACGACGGAAAUCGGCUGGCGAUGAGGAAAUGCUCAAGCAGCUUAAUAUGUACGUGCGUACACGCACCGACUCCGGCAAAGAACUGACCGACCUGGAAAUCCUCGAACAGGUACCGGUGAAGAAUCUUGACACGGGCGAAAAUUUCCCGCUUUCAGCUGUAGAGGAGAAACUGCCCCAAUGCAUAAAUCCACUUUCGCUGCACAUUAUGCGCUUGACAAGCCAUAUCCCGGAGACAGACGAAGAGUCUGUAGCGGCCCAGCCCGACUGUGAUUCGAUCCAGCCCGACGACGAAGAGGAACUAGAGUCAAAAGGGUCCGAAAGAGGACGACAGAAGCGUAAAACCGCCCGCAUUAAGCACUUUAUCCGAUCCACAACUCGUAAAACGGUCAGCAAAGCUCGCUCGAUUGCUUCUGAACUGACACAUGCGCGGCACAAGGAAGAUGUGGCAGAUAUCCGCGACGUGAGCAACCCCGAGCAGAACAUCAAGAUAAAGGCGUCAAGUACGAAUAAAGGACCUUAUGAUUUCGCCAAGUUACAGCAUGUGCAGGAUCUGCGUGGCGCCUGCAAAUCGGCCGUCUGGUGUAUGAAGUUUAGCUGCUGCGGACGCCUACUAGCGACGGCGGGUCAGGAUAGAAUGCUGCGCAUCUGGGUUUUACGAGAUGCUUAUCCGUUUUUCGCGGAUAUGCGCACGAAGUACAACGCAGUACCGAAAUCUUCACCAACGCCGUCACAAGAAUCACUCAACUCGUCGCACAAUUCAACUGAAGAGGCAUUGGCACUCGAGGCGGCCAGUGGCAACUCGAUUGGCCCGUUCAUGUCGCGCUCAUUCUGCACGUACUCGGGUCAUACCUCCGAUCUGCUCGAUGUAUCGUGGUCCAAAAAUUAUUUCAUUCUUUCGAGCUCGAUGGACAAAACGGUACGGCUUUGGCAUAUCUCACGCCGCGAGUGCCUAUGCUGUUUCCAACACAUUGAUUUUGUAACAGCGAUCGCCUUCCACCCCCGCGAUGAUCGCUAUUUUCUUAGCGGAAGCUUGGACGGGAAACUGCGGCUCUGGAAUAUCCCAGAAAAAAAGGUGGCGCUGUGGAAUGAGGUGGACGGGCAAACCAAGUUGAUAACUGCUGCGAAUUUUUGCGAAAACGGCAAAUUUGCUGUUGUAGGCACAUACGAUGGACGGUGUAUUUUCUACAACACCGAUCAGCUCAAGUACCACACCCAAAUUCACGUACGGUCGACAAGGGGUCGCAAUGCUGUCGGGCGUAAAAUCAGUGGAAUUGAGCCGAAGCCAGGGGAGAAUAAAAUUCUGGUCACUUCGAACGAUAGUCGCAUCCGAUUGUACGAUCUGCGAGAUUUGAAUCUCAGCUGCAAGUACAAGGGAUAUUUUAACUCGUCGUCGCAGAUCAAAGCUUCCUUCAGCCAGGAUGGCAAGUAUGUUGUCUCGGGCUCAGAAAAUCAGUGCAUUUAUAUUUGGAAGACGCACCACGAAUAUAAUAAGCUGAGCACGGUAAGGGUCCGUCGUGAUCGUAGCGACUUCUGGGAGGGCAUCAAAGCGCACAACGCUACCGUUACUUGUGCCAUCUUUGCACCACAUCCGGAAGCCAUUAUUCAACUGGAUCCUGACGAAACGGCCAAUUUGGAAUGUCCUUCCCCAAACACAUCUUCCGGUUCAAUGAGCGACAAAAACGGAGGUCGUGGCUACGUCCUGGUCAGUGGAGACUUCAACGGCAGCAUCAAGGUGUUUAUCAACAAAACAAAGCCGAAACACAGCAGCUUGCCGUACACCGCGAUAGCGGAUUAAGCAAAUCUUGGACGCCAACCGUGGCUCUUAGCCCGCAGCCCGGGCACACGCACACCAACGCACAGGUGGUCCAAUGUAACCACCGAGAAGCAAAAGGCAGCACAGAGCAAUCGAUACAUGGCUUUAGUUUACAGUAUAGCGGACCAUAGAAUUUUAUGCAUCAGAGAUGGCUUCCAGCGCCUGGAAGUAACACAUAGUAAUAUUUUGGUUAACGUAUGUUUUAAAAUACUGAUUGCGUUACGAGGUAACAAUCAUCAAGUACCAUACCGUUAACCAUUUGCCUUCGUUAAGGUUUCAUGAGCAGACACUAUCGUAGUUUCUUAGCUUUCAUUAUUUAAUCCCAUAGCACAACGACAGUGUUACUAUAUCCAAACGAGCACUUGUUGUUACCAACAUCAUCUGCAGAGUAGCCUACUAUGUUAAUUCGUUACUAUGUUAAUUCUGCUAAAACAAAACAUUAAUCGUUACCGCAUGUUUGAGCUAUUUCCUCUCCAAUAUGGCACGAUGGGGGUGAUGUUGUACUCUCCGGUCUUGACGUGCAGUUUUAUACAUUUCAGAAAAACGAACUCAAUUCUCAACAAUACUUGGAAAAAUGUUUGGUUCGAUACAAAAAUAGCAACUUGUUAUAAUAGCUUAAACAAAACAAAAAACAAAAAUGCAAGCAUUAAUUAACGGGCGGCAGAGAUAGGUAAAAAAUGCGGAGAAGUGAAAACUAAUUAGCUAGCCCAAGGAGAUUAGGGGCAGCCGCAGGCAGAAUGCAUCAUCACAUUGACAAAGACAGCUUCUCGUGUUCAGCUCGCAUUUCAUCCUACUUUAGGAGUCUGUUGUCAGCUUCUGCAUCCAGCUACUUUGCUGGUUUAAGUGCAGUUCCUAUAGCAAUACGCAUUUGUUUUUAUUCAUUCAUCACUUGUUUUCACCGUUAAAGGUACUAAUCCAUUAUUAUAUAUAUCUAAAUAGAGAACACCAGAAUGAACGAAAAAAGCCCGCGGUACUGCGGGGGACUUAAUAGUACACCUAGUGAGUGUCGUUGGCCGUCACAAACACAAUCGAAUUGACCCAUGUUUACCAAAGUCAGGAUGCAUUGAUAUGCAUUUCAUAAUCGUUCGCUACGAUCCUCCCAAAUUCGAUGGUUGUUGUUGGAAUGGCAAUAGUAUGUACUUCAGCGAGCGGUCGGGACAGUGUGGUUGUAAUUGUAAUUACCACCCGGUGGCAUGUGCAUAACGUCGUACCGCUAUAGUUCACCACGGCUACACAACGGUGAAAUGGGAACACGUUCGAUGCAGCAGCAGGGUGGCAAUGAAUGGCCCCAUAGUACGGAUUUUGAUUUGGCAACGCCGGGCCACUCGAAGCAUAAACCCGUUGCAUAUGUAUGUUUUUAGUCAUCCAUUGUUGCUUGUUGUUUUCGCCUCAUUUAGCGUGUGUCCGUUUUCAGUUUUAUCAUUAGUUUUUUGUUGUUUUAGUUCUUAGUCUUGCUAUGGCAGUGAGUAUGAGUGUGAUUUGUGAUCGAAAUUGGUCGCGGAUAGGAAGAGUGCGAGAGCGAUCGAGUAGGGUUUAAGCGUGGGUAGCACAAGAAUCCUAAGGUGCUGCAAAGUUAAUUUAUUAUCGUAAAAUUAUAACAUUUGUGAAUAUCAAUACAUAUAUGAUGUAUAUUUAUACAACUGUUGGUGUACUUCCCUUGGAGGAUGCGUAUGCUGCGUAACCGGUAAAUCCAUGAUGAUGUAUAUUAAGAGAAAAUCGCUUCAAUCAACUCUUCAACAGCCCAUUGACGG